AUGGAAGGCUUAAUACUGAUCAUAGUAGUGAUGAUGUCAAGCUUAACUUUGGGAGGGAAAGGUCAGCAGAUAAUUAGCACGCCGUGCACUUCCUCCAUGAUCUCUAGCUUCACUCCAUGUCUCAACUUUAUCACCGGAAGCAGCGGUGGCUCCGUCACUCCCACCGCCGGCUGCUGCGACUCCCUCAAGUCGUUGACGAACACCGGCAUGGACUGUGCGUGCCUCAUCCUCACCGCUAACGUCCCGCUGCCUACUGGCUUCAUCAAUCGGACUCUCUCGCUUGGUCUCCCACGUGCCUGCAAAAUGGGCGGUGUGCCUGUUCAGUGUCAAGCCGCCGGGACUCCUCUGCCAGCGCCAGGUCCGGUUCCAUUUUUGCUGGCUCCACCACCGCCUAUAUCUGCUUUUAGCCCCGGAGCGUCUAAGGCGGAGGCGACAACACCGGCACCUGCACCUGCACUGGAUGCUCCCCUGGAUGGACCGAUGGGCCCCACAACAAAACCAGGAAUUCAACCGGUGGUUCAGCCCUUUCAACCCACCAGCCUCGCUCAUUGCGCUACUUGUCCAUUCCUUCCGUUGCUUUUCUUUCUCAUUCUGUUAACUUUGUAA